AUGAUGCAUAGGUUUAGGGGGCCGUUAUUAGCCUCCAGCAGACCCCCCUCUCCAGUAGCUGUGAAAGGGCGUCCGUUUGAGCAAUUUCAGCCGCUUUGGCCUCUGGAAGGGCUUGGGAGAAACUCGAGGGCCGUGACAAGAGUAUCAAGAGUGAGGAUGUCUUCGGCUGGAAGUGGCAUGGGGAGCCCGUAUCAGGCUGACCCCAAGCAAGGCGGGCCAAGCAGCGUGACCAGUGGUGCUAUGGCACAGACCACUGGUGCGAUGGCGAGGAUAGGUACACCACAGCAAGACAGCAAUGACUUGACAAUUAGCCGCGCCGAAAGCGCGCGGCGGGUGUUGGAAGCCCGACGGAAGAAGCAGACGCAGAAGAACGACGAUCCCAGCGGUAGCAGCGCAACUCCUGGCAUGGGCACCCAAGGCAUUCCAGAAUCAACGACGCCGACAUCGUCGGGCGUGUCGCAGAUGCUGGGCGGACGACUCCUGCAGGGCAUUCACGACAUCCUCAUGGUGAUGGAUGAAAAGGUCGAAAACCUUGUGACGGACGUCAACAACAUGCGCGCAGACUUCCAAGGUCUUCCACAGGAGGGCGCAACAGAGAGAAAACUCAGUGAGAUUCAGUCCAGAGUCGACAUUGGCUUUGCCACGAUCUUCUCUCAACUGAAAUAUUAUCAUGCACAUCCGCGCCCAGAGGGUGAUAUAUCUCCCGAUGGCAUGGUAGCCCAUGUGCCGGGAAGUCGCCAGGUUGAGCUCAUUGCGCCCGUUAUGGGAACCCCUGAGGGGGUGAGGCAUAGGGUGUCUUCAUCGGUAGCCAGCUCUUCCGUGCGAGAGAGGUCUGAUGUGCACGAACUAUGGGAGGAGAUGGAGGCUAUGGAGAACAUGGGGACGGAAGAUUUGAUUGCGUGCGAAACCCAGGACCGAAGUGCGAGUUGCCUGGAGAUGGCUCGAAAGUUGAACGGCACCUCUGCCGCAGUGGAGCUAACUGGGGCAUAUUGGGUCAGCGGUACUCUGAGCCUGCUGCCCCAACCUCAGCCUCGAGUGCAGCCAAGGCUCUCCACCCACGAAGAGGCUUUGACGAAAGUGAUGUCCGCCCUCUCCUCCAAACAGUCCUCCAAACGCAACUCGCGGGCCUCGAAUGGGAAUUCUGCCAGCCGAAUCUCCCGAAACUCCGCCAACGGCUCAAGCAGCAAAGAGAAGGUGACCUUUGAAGACAGGGAAGAGAGAGGCUCACACAGAUGGAAAAACGGCGCGAGCUCCAAAUCAAGAGUGGACGAGUUCAAGGAUUUUAUUAAACCUCGGCAGCGAUCAUCAGCGCAGAAGUUGGUGUGGAACUUUCUAGAAGAUCCUGAUUUGGUGCGCGGCGGGCGCUCCUAUGGGAACAUCUUGUUCUUCGCCAUCAUCCUCAGCGCAGUGCUUCCGAUCGUCCCAACCCCAAUUGAGCAGGACUGGUUUUUAAAGCCGAUGAUGUAUGUCCUGUUGAGUCUGGAUUCCUUGUUUUUCUUGGAGGUGAUAUUCAGGUUUUAUGGUGCUCCGCAUCGUUUGCGAUUUUUCGGCAGUAUCCACAAUUGGUUGGAUAUCCUCUCGGUGCUGCUGCCGGUCGCCUUGAAAAUUCGCCUUCAGUCGCUCAAUUUGGCUGCCGAUGCCCAUCCCGAAGUGGAGGGUGUCGAGCUUGGCCUACUUGUCAUGGUGCCUGUGCUUCGCUUGCUGAAGCUUCUUCGGCGUUUUGAGAAUAGCCAUCUCAUCAAGCAGGCGUUCAGAGAAGCCGUUGGAGCCUUGCCAUCUCUCCUGUACUGCAUGAUGGUUCUGGUGGUGGGCUUUUCCGCAAUCAUCUACGUCUUGGAGCCACGUGGAAACGUGGAGACAAUGCCUAGAGCCAUUUGGUUCACGAUGGUGACUCUGACCACGGUCGGAUAUGGUGACGUAGUGCCUGUAUCGCCCGGAGGAAACAUUGUCGUGUGCGUGCUGAUGAUUGUGUCGGCAAUGUAUAUGGCAAUGCCUUUGGGCAUCGUUGGAAAGGCCUUUGGAUCCGUUUGGGAUGACCGGCAUCGCUUGCUGCUAAUGCAGCGGCUGCGCACCCGUUUUUCCACCGCACCUCGGUACGAGCUGAACAAGCUCUCAGAUUUUCUUGCAUGA